GUUGUAGCAUCCACCACCUCCCGUUGCAACCACAACGAAGGCUCUGCGCGAUCCCGCCGAACACUUCGUCUACGAUUCACCUGGUCAUGUAUGCCGGACCGCCAAUGGCAGAGAGUAUGGUGGGCUAGAUGAGCUGAAAACUCGGACGCUAUAAAGCUGCUUGGCUCGUCCAAGUCCUGGCGCAGUGAUGCGUUCUCCUGCAAUGCCGACUAUAUACAGGGAAAUGCGGUUGGACCUACUAGUACCAGGCUGCUACCGUCCAACCCGCCGCCCGCCUUAUCAGGCCUGCUUGCUAGUAUGCGCCGGGGACGGUGGCGCGCAAGAGCGUCUCCUUCCCUAAUUCAGUGGCUGGCAGGUUGUACGGUGAUGGCAGGGCCGGCCGUGGUUCCCUGUAGCGGUCGAACGUUUGCCAUGAAGUUUUUCUCGAUUGGCCAGGUUAGGCGUUAGCGUCAAAGAUGUUCGUCUCACGGUCAGGCGCUUCCAAGUGCAACGUCUCUACUUUGCAGACACAGUGGUCACCUUCACUUACCAGCAGCGAAAUGUCAUUCAAAACAAUCACCGAGGUUCGCUACGGGAGGUGUCCAGUGCGAGGUCCACCUACCACAUCGAGCAACUCGUGGAUCACACAACCUGCGGACGAUGCUUCGAGUCCAGCAGAGACCAACCAUUCAGCUGACCUCUGAAGAGCUUCCGCGAGCUAAGAAUGCC